AUGAGGUUUUUAUGUGUCUUUCUUCUAUGUGUGACAGCCGUGCUUGGCUCUGAAGUCCGCAUACCGCUCUUCAUGCAAAAGCCCGGGCAAAGCGAGAAAGUCCCACUUGCCACGUUAAUUUACGACCCGGAAUUAAGCUUCGUGGACAUUGCGGAUAUCAAUGACUCUUUCAAGGAAGACAGCUACUGCGUGGGUGCUCAGAUGGCGGAGAACUACUACUCCUGUUUCUCCUACCUCAACCUAAGGCAUCCUCUGCGCUAUGAUUUGUAUCUCGAUACCAGUCAAAAUACUCACCUUCUGUAUAAGCUGUCGUUGAAACCCAAUCCUAACGCCAAGGGAAUACAGCCAUUACUGAGAGCGCCAGUGGCAGGGCCAGAAGCUCAGGUAACAAAACUGAGAAAGACCACUAAGACAUACGAAGAUAAAAAAGCCAUGUCGAAUCCUUCUGCUGCGUCUCUUGGAGAGGAUAUCGAGAUUGAUGACAGAUCUUUCAUCCAAAAGAACUGGAAGUUUAUUCUGAUCGGACUAGUCCUUUACGCCAUCUCCAGUGCUGGCAACAGCUCCCAGUGA